AUGAUUCGACAUACUGAAAUUCCCUUUCAAAAGCAACCAGAUUUGCCGUCAGCUUCUUCUCCUCAAAAUUGUGAGUUUUACAUACACAUUUCUCAAAGAACGAUGAAAUUUCGUCUAGGCAAUGAAAGGAAAAUCUAUCUUGUCAAAGGCAAAACAAUGAUCCCUGUAACGCCGACGGACGCGAAAGACAUGAAACCGAUCAGACUGAUUGUCCCGGGAACCAUCAAACCAAUAAACAAAGUGUCUCCGUCUCCUCCAAAAGUUCAUGAACCUGUAAAAGAGAUUAAGUUGGAACCAUUGGACGAAGAAACUGCUAGUGCCGUGGCAAACAUAACGGAAGCAAGUAAGAAAUUGUGCCAGAUCAAUAGUUAUAAAUUUGCUGUUUCAGAACCGAUAAAUCUUGAAGAGUUGUUGAAGAAGAAACAGCACAUUUCCAAUUCCAAUUCAAUCGAUUCCCGACUCAAUAUGCCCAUUAUGUUUGCUGACGUCAAGAAAGAACAUCCAAAUGACCUGGUUCUCCAUCUGAAAAGCAAAAAAGAGCAUGUGCCACAAAUACCCAUCAAAAGGGAACAGUUCUCGCCGAUAGACGAAAACCCGUCGACAUCAACCGUAAUUAUUUUUAAGUUCGAACGUCAAAACUAUUGAAGAUUUCAGAGAACUGUGAGAAGGAAUCGGAGGCCGACAAAACACGGCGAUUUUGUGUACGAUAGCACGCUCUACGAAGAGGAAAAACAAGUGCGGGAACCAACCAAAAAAAGGCAGCGAGUUGCGGAGCCCUCGAAUGGAUGCAGGUGUGAGUACGUUGUGCCGGAGUUGGAGAAGAAGAUGGAUCGGAUUCUGGAGAAGAUGCAGUUUAUCGAGUCUUUGGCCAAAACAAUGCUCGGAAGGGAGCAGGAACGGGAGGAGAAUCAAAAAGCGCAGUUGGCAGCUGCUCAGGACGAGAUCAAGCUGUUGAAGAGACAGCUCAUAAUUCAGAGAGUAAGUUGUAUUUCUUCAAAUCUUUAAAUACCUUUUCUCGUUUCAGAACCAAAAGUUAAUCAACACCGACCAUUACCAUGAUAAUAUAUUGUGA